AAAAAUUAAUAGACAAAGUUUUCUCAACUAAUAAUAAAGCUAAAUAACUACUCAAAAUAAAUCUCGCAUGUAAAACUAAAGCUAUUUUUAUAUAAUAAUUAAGCAAUGGCUUACAUAAAAAGAGAUCCCUUUCCCAUCAGUGGUCUAAUAAAGUCAAAUAAGGACAAGAUCCAAACAAAUCUGGAUGACUUUAGUAACUCUAAAGUCGAGUCAAAGUUUCAUGAAUUGAAGCAUGAAUUGAAUAUUAACGAUGACUACUCUAUAAAACUAAACGAGUUUAAAGAGAAAGUCUUUCCUCGACUCUGGGAACUGUUGUCGACUACCAGUACUACCAGUGCUCUAAUGCUGUUACAACUCAUUCUCUACAACGACUAUAAGACCCAAAAAUCACAACUAAUUAAGAGUGCUUUGAAGGCAUCAUUGGUCCCCCAAUUGGUUAACAUUUAUGAGACAACUCGUGACAUACAAACUAAACAACUGGUUAUUAACCAGUUUUCCGUAUUCUGUCUGUCGUUUGAAAGUAAUCCAAAACUCCGUAAACAUGUCCUCAAUAACAAUGUAGUCAUCGAUUCAAUAUUAAGGACUCUGUCAUUAUCAGCGAAUCCUGUUAUGCACUCUUCAUAUUCAGUGAACGGUUCCCAAAAUCGCGACAAUUAUUAG